AUGGCAAACACGAAUUUUGAUGUGGAUUCAUUCAAUUUUGGUCGCAUAAUCAGGUCGAACAUUCAGCCGAGGAAUGUCGUCAUACAACGAUCGACGGGGCUCGGCGCUCCACCCGGAGUCCUCAUUGAAAGAUCCUCCAGAUAUGCUAGUUCCGUGACCGCACCAAUACUCGGAGCUGCAGGGAUCGGUGUAAAUGAAAUAAAAUUCACCAGAGACAAAGAAAAAAAAGACAUGCAAGACUUAAACGAAAGAUUUGCAAGUUAUAUUGAAAAAGUGCGAUUUCUGGAAGCUCAAAAUCGCAAACUUGGUGAUGAGUUAGAACGACUAAAAUUAAAGUGGGGCAAAGAAACAAACAACAUCAAACUCAUGUACCAGACGGAACUUGACGAAGCCAAAAAAUUACUCGACGACUCCGACAGAGAGAGACAAAAACUUCAAGUUCGUGUGUCGGCGUUGGAAGAACAAAUUGAUAUUCUCAGACGCAAGUGA